GAAACCAGCUCCAGCCCGGCGCUGGAGGCCUGGGUCGCUCGCCCCUUACCUCUGCAGGAGUUCCGGGCUCCAGUGGUCGGGGUCUGUGCAGGGCUGGGGCGACAGGACCGGAUCGCCGUGCCUGGGGUCAGCUUCUGGACCUGGUUCUGCAGGAAUUUCUCCUGACUGUGGGAGCUCCUGGAGGAGGGGUGACCUCAGCAGCCCCCACCCCACUCAGGCAGGGGUUCCUAAUGUCAGGCAUGUUGUUGGGGCUGUCGGCCAUGGAGCUGAAGGUGUGGGUGGACGGCAUCCAGCGUGUGGUCUGUGGAGUCUCGGAGCAGACCACCUGCCAGGAAGUGGUCAUCGCACUAGCCCAAGCAAUUGGCCAGACUGGCCGCUUUGUGCUUGUACAGCGGCUUAGGGAGAAGGAGCGGCAGCUGCUGCCAGAAGAGUGCCCAGUGGGCGCCCAAGCCACCUGUGGACAGUUCGCCAGUGAUGUCCAGUUUGUCCUGAGGCGCACAGGGCCCAGCCUGGCUGGGAGACCCUCCUCAGACAGCUGUCCACCCCCGGAACGCUGCCCAAUUCGUGCCAGCCUCCCUGCAAAGCCACGGGCUGCACUGGGCUGUGAGCCCCGCAAAACACUGACCCCCGGGCCAGCCCCCAGCCUCUCACCCCCUGGGCCUGCGGCCCCUGUGACACCCACACCAGGCUGCUGCACAGACCUGCGCGGCCUGGAGCUCAGGGUGCAGAGGAAUGCUGAGGAGCUGGGCCACGAGGCCUUCUGGGAGCAAGAGCUGCGCCGGGAGCAGGCCCGGGAGCAAGAGGGACAGGCACGCCUGCAGGCACUAAGCGCGGCCACUGCUGAGCAUGCCGCCCGGCUGCAGGCCCUGGACGCUCAGGCCCGUGCCCUGGAGGCUGAGCUGCAGCUGGCAGCGGAGGCCCCUGGGCCCCCCUCACCUAUGGCAUCUGCCACUGAGCGCCUGCGCCAGGACCUGGCUGUUCAGGAGCGGCAGAGUGCAGAGGUGCAGGGCAGCCUGGCUCUGGUGAGCCGGGCCCUGGAGGCUGCAGAGCGAGCCUUGCAGGCUCAGGCUCAGGAGCUGGAGGAGCUGAACCGGGAGCUCCGUCAGUGCAACCUGCAGCAGUUCAUCCAGCAGACCGGGGCUGCACUGCCACCGCCCCCACGGCCUGACAGGGGCCCUCCUGGCACUCAGGGCCCUCUGCCUCCAGCCAGAGAGGAGUCCCUCCUGGGCACCCCCCCGAGUCCCAUGCUGGUGCCCAGCCUAGGCCCCGAGGGUAUGUCUGUGCCCCACCUCCCCCUGGGGCACCGGGCCCUCCUGUGGCUGCAGCCACCUCAGCCUGUGUCCUCCCGCAGUGGCCCCCAUGACGCAGAACUCCUGGAGGUAGCAGCAGCUCCUGCCCCAGAGUGGUGUCCUCUGGCAGCCCAGCCCCAGGCUCUGUGACAGCCUAGUGAGGGCUGCAAGACCAGCCUGCCUGGACUACAGAAGGAGAGUCAGCGGUCACAGAAGGCUCCUCCCCCACGCAGUGAAAGCCCUGGGUUUGGCCUCAGGAGCUGGGGGUGCAGUGGGGGACUGCCCUAGUCCUUGCCAGGUCUGCCAGCACCCUGGAGAAGCAUGGGGCGUAGCCAGCUCGGAACUUGCCAGGCCCCAAAGGCCACGACUGCCUGUUGGGGACAGGAGAUGCAUGGACGGUGUGCUCAAGCUGUGGGCGUGUGCUUGCCUGCGGGAGAGGUCCUUCAUUGUGUGUACACGGCAAGAGCAUGUGUGUGCCACUUCCCCUACCCCAACGUGAAAACCUCAAUAAACUGCCCGAAGCGG